CGAUAGCUCAGCAGUCAAGGAGAGCAGAAAGGCUAGCGCUGGUGGGUGGAUGGGAACAGAGAUCCAAGUCCUCUUCUUCCUGGGGGUGAGUGUGGGAGGAGAGCGGAGGUCCGGAGAGGCUAGAAGGACGGCUAAGAAAACAAGAGUGCUUCUCGAUCAAUUUCCACCUCCUGCCGUUCACACUCAGUGCGCUUUCCUUGAGGAAAGGACGCUGGGUUCAAUACGCGUGAGUGUGCCUUAGCUGCCCGCGUGUCGCCAGGUGGGUAGCCCCGGCGCCGUAGGAAGGGGAAGUUACCUUCCCCUCGGAAGAGGGCGCUGGCUCCCCCAUCCUGCCUUUAUAAUAAGGCCGCGGGAGGAGAGGAAGCACUGCCGUCUGCGCUCUGUAAAGCAUGCAGUUAGGGGAGCAGCUUUUGGUGAGCUCAGUGAACCUGCCUGGCGCGCACUUCUACCCGCUGGAGAGUGCGCGAAGCGGCGGUGGCGGGACCGCCGGCCACCUCCCCGGCGCGACCCCUUCGCCUCAGAGGCUGGACUUAGACAAAGCGCCCAAGAAGUUCUCGGGCAGCCUCUCGUGCGAGGCGGGGAGCGGGGAACCCACAGCCGCCAGUGCGGGGGCUCCCGCGGUCAUGCUCAGUGACGCCGACGCCGGGGACGCCUUUGCCAGCACCGCGGCAGUGGCCAAGCCAGGGCCCCCGGACGGCCGCAAGGGCUCCCCCUGCGGGGAAGAGGAGCUCCCCUCAGCCGCGACUGCCGCUGCUACUGCCGCAGCCGCCGCCACCGCGCGCUACUCCAUGGACAGCCUAAGUUCGGAGCGCUACUACCUCCAGUCCCCCGGGCCUCAGGGCUCCGAGCUGGCUGCGCCCUGCUCGCUCUUCCCGUACCAGGCGGCAGCCGGGGCGCCCCACGGAUCUGUGUACCCGGCUCCCAACGGGGCGCGCUACCCCUAUGGCUCCAUGCUGCCCUCCGGCGGUUUCCCCGCGACCGUGUGCCCACCCGGGAGGGCGCAGUUCGGCCCGGGAGCCGGCGCCGGCAGUGGCGCGGGCGCAAGCGGCGGCGGGGGAGGCGGCCCGGGAGCCUAUCAGUACAGUCAGGGGGCUCCGCUCUACGGGCCGUACCCCGGGGCAGCGGCCGCAAGUUCGUGCGGAGGAUGGGGGAGCUUGGAGGUUUCUGGUUCCAGUUUACGUGCUCACGUCUACCUGUGCAACCGGCCUCUGUGGCUCAAAUUCCACCGCCACCAAACCGAGAUGAUCAUUACGAAACAGGGCAGGCGCAUGUUCCCCUUCUUGAGCUUCAACAUAAACGGACUCAAUCCUGCCGCCCACUACAACGUGUUCGUAGAGGUGGUGCUGGCGGACCCCAACCACUGGCGCUUCCAAGGGGGCAAGUGGGUGACCUGCGGCAAAGCCGACAAUAACAUGCAGGGCAACAAAAUGUAUGUCCACCCAGAGUCUCCUAAUACUGGUUCCCACUGGAUGAGACAGGAGAUUUCCUUUGGGAAAUUAAAACUCACCAAUAACAAAGGCGCCAAUAACAACAACACUCAGAUGAUAGUCCUCCAGUCCUUACACAAGUACCAGCCACGACUGCACAUUGUGGAAGUUACAGAGGAUGGUGUGGAGGACUUGAAUGAGCCCUCGAAGACUCAAACCUUUACCUUCUCAGAAACGCAGUUCAUUGCCGUGACUGCCUACCAAAACACCGAUAUAACUCAACUAAAGAUUGAUCAUAACCCCUUUGCAAAAGGCUUCAGGGACAACUAUGAUUCAUCCCAUCAGAUUGUCCCUGGAGGUCGGUACGGCGUUCAGUCCUUCUUCCCGGAGCCCUUUGUCAACACUUUACCUCAAGCCCGAUAUUAUAAUGGCGAGAGAACCGUGCCACAGACCAACGGCCUCCUUUCACCCCAACAGAACGAAGAGGUGGCCAACCCUCCCCAGCGGUGGCUUGUCACGCCUGUCCAGCAACCUGGGACCAACAAACUAGACAUCGGUUCCUAUGAGUCUGAAUAUACUUCCAGCACCUUGCUCCCAUAUGGUAUUAAAUCCUUGCCCCUCCAGACACCCCAUGCCCUGGGGUAUUACCCUGACCCAGCCUUCCCUGCCAUGGCAGGGUGGGGAGGUCGAGGUUCUUAUCAGAGGAAGAUGUCGGCUGGACUCCCAUGGACCUCCAGAACAAGCCCCCCUGUGUUCUCUGAAGAUCAACUCUCCAAGGAGAAAGUCAAAGAAGAAAUUAGCUCUUCUUGGAUAGAGACUCCCCCUUCCAUCAAGUCUCUGGAUUCCAAUGAUUCGGGGGUCUACACCAGUGCUUGUAAGCGAAGGCGGCUGUCUCCCAGCACCUCUAGUAAUGAAAAUUCUCCCUCCAUAAAGUGUGAGGACAUGAACGCUGAAGAAUACAGUAAAGACACCUCAAAAGGCAUGGGAGGGUAUUAUGCUUUUUACACAACUCCCUAAAGAGUUAUUUUAACCUCAUAAAAAUGAGCUAACUUUUUGCAGAUGAACUUGGUGGUGUUUUUUGUUGUCUUCUUUGCCUAGGUUGCCAAAAAGAUGUUUGCCUUCCACCUUGAUGCAUCGUGUUCUGUGCAAUUCUCUAAAAGAAGGUGCCAAAGCUUUUUGAUUGCUGCAGGUAACUGAAACAAGCCUAGCGUUUUCUUUUUCUUUCAAAAUAAAGUUAAUGGAGGACUUGGAAGUGUUUUUAAAAUUUGAAGGUCAUUCAAGGUUCUGGGUUUAUUUAUUGGAAACACUAAAUGUUCAGAGAAUGGGGCUGUGAAGAUAGAAUGCUGAACGCUAUCACACCAGUUGAAAGCUUUGGUUCUUUAUUCUAUUUUUAAAUCUCUAAGCAUAUAGAAGCCCAGAAUCGGUAAGGCAUUUUGUUUCUAGAAAAGAAGGGCUGGUCCUUAAGCUUCAACAGGGGACUUUUUGCCGUUACCUUCUGCUAGAGACAGAAGAUGUCAGGCCUGGGAGGCGAGAACAACUUUUGUGAAGGCGUUGAUUUUACCUGCCUUUGGUUCCUCCCAGGCUUUCUGAAUAAGCCAUGAUUGCCUCGUUCGCUCUGCUCUGUGCUGGGGUGGCUCACAAGACUCAGGAGAGGACAAGGGAGGGAGUCACCCCCCAAAAAUAAAGAAAGAGAAUUUUAAAGUGUACAGUUGUGUGUGCUUAGAUACACUGUAGAAUAACGUGGAAUAUAUUGUACAAAUAGUCUACCUAGGUGUCUGAGAUUAUGUAAAAGCGGUGCUUUGGCUUUGUAAAGAAUUUGCAGAUCACCUGGCAGCAGCUGCAAGAGCAGGGGGUGGUUCCUCUCCUCAUCCCAACCACAUUGGGGAAUAUUCUGUUUACUUUUUAGGUAGUUAAGAAUGUAUUCAGCUACUCUGUACUUAACUUGAAACGUGUCUAAGGAAACUCCUCUAUUUCAACCUCUUCCUUUGCCACCCCCACUACCCAGCUUGGUAAUGUAAAGACAGUAAAACCCGACGCCACGGCUCCUAUAGGCUUUUUAGAGAUCUUGGAUUUUUAUGUACAGUCUUAGUCAUUUUUUAAUAAAUGUUGUUCAUUAAGGGAA